CAAGCGAUUCGUGUCGUAAAUAUUGUGGAGCACGAGGCAUGCAUAAAAAUCACAAAUUAUUAAAGAAUAACGAACCAAAUAUUUAUUUCUACGUUCAUUUCUGUCAGAUUUGGUUUUUUUCUGGAGCACGAGGCAUAAACAUCACAAGUUAUUUGAGAAUAUUUUUUUAGACGUCAAUUUCGCUGUCCAAUAUUGGUCGUGGUGGUGGUCACGUGGCGUCCUCCGGAUUUUGAUUAAAUUGAAGAAUGGGGGGUGUGAAUUACUUCGGAAUUUUGGAUUAUCUGGCUGUUGCGGGGACGCUAACUUUGUCGUUAGGCGUUGGACUGUACUACGCAUGUGCAGGAAAGAAACAGACCAAUGAAGACAUGCUCGUCGGAGGAAGGAACAUGAGCCCAGUUCCCAUCGCGGCGAGCAUGCUGGUCACGUAUCUUUCCGCGAUUACAAUUUUAGGUUAUCCAGCGGAAGUUUAUGUCCAUGGGAUUCAGAUUUACAUGUUGACGAUUAUGCCGUGUAUUUACAUUCCUUUAGCGACGCAGGUUUUUGUGAAGGUUUUCUAUGAAAUGAAAUUGACCAGUGUGUACGAGUAUUUAGAGCUGAGAUUUGAAUCUGUCACGGUGCGAUGGUUGGCGAGUUUCACAUUCAUCGUGCAAGUCUUGCUGAUCAACGGGGUCGUCCUUUUCGCACCGGCGAUCGCUCUGGAGGCCAUUCUAGGCAUCCCGGUGUGGCAGUCGGUCGUAGGGAUUGGCGUUAUCGGGACGGUGUACACGUCCAUGGGCGGCAUCAAGGCGGUCGUGUGGACGGAUAGCUUCCAGUUCAUUAUGAUCGCGGUGGGAUUGAUUUCAAUCAUGGUCCGCGGAUUCAGCACUGCGGGCGGAAUCUCAGAAGCAUUUCGCAUCGCUGGGGACGGGGGACGGCUCGUUCUAUUCGACUUCACCUUUGACCCAUUUAUGCGUCACAACUUUUGGAAUUUUUUCUUUGGCUAUGGUUUCGCCAACAUGACGCUGUACGGAACCCACCAGCCGCAAGUGCAGCGGUACUGCAGCCUCCCCUCCGUCGGCCAUGCGAUCAAAGCCCUCCUGCUGACAAUUCCGAUGAAGUUUUUUACCAUGACGUUAGUCUUGUGUACUGGGAUUAGUGUUUUUGCAACAUAUUCCGGCUGUGAUCCCAUCCUACUGGGCAAGAUUAACAAAGCGGACGCUAUAAUUCCGCAUUUUGUCGUGAAUGAGCUUUCCUUCAUUCCCGGAUUAAUGGGGAUUUUCGUGUCCUGUAUUUUCUCCGCGGUACUCAGCACGGUGUCGUCUACGCUGAACAGUUUGGCAGCCGUGACAUGGGAAGAUUUCCUCUCAAAGAUAAACUUUUUUCGAACCCUGAGUGGAACUGGGCAGGCGAAUUGUGUGAGAAUUAUAGCCGCAUUUUAUGGAUUGGUAUCCAUCGGGCUAGCAUUCGGGGCUCAGUAUUUGGGACAAAUUUUCCAAGCGACGAUGACCGCGUUGGGAGCAACGGCCGGUCCGUUGGGAGGAGUUUUCAUCUGCGCCUUGUUCAUCCCGUGGAUGAACAAAUAUGGUGCGAUAGGUGGGAUGGUUGUGGGGCUGACGUCGAUGAUGUAUCUGGCCGUGCAGGCCUUCCUUCUGGGGAAGCAGUACCCCAACCUCAACCUCCCACUCCACACCAGCCUCGACCAGUGUCCGGCGGGGACGGAUUUCUCAUUCGCGAAGAACUCCACCUUCCUCCCACCACCAGAAUGGGAAUGGCCGACUAAAAUUUAUACGAUCUCAUACAUCCUCUACCCCAUCGUGGGAGCCAUUAUUACCGCCGUCGUGGGGAUGAUUGUCAGCAUAUUAACCGGAGGGUGCUGUUCUGGUGGGAACGUUCCUCGGAAAUAUCUCCACCCUGUCGUCCGCUCUUUCAGCGAAAAUACCGGCGAAACAACUCAAGGAAUCGGCAGAAACAUCAUUUUCCUAAAUUCGCCACCACCCUCACAACGGCCAGAAACAAGUCGAGGAGACAAAUUUCCUUAUAAAUACGACAAAGUUUCGUCACAUGCGGUGUGACGAAAAAUAGGGACGAGAUUAACGCACCCACCUCCACUGAAUAAUCAGUAUGCAUUUUUAACGAUAGUGUUAUAAAAAUUUUGUACUAUUUAAAGAAAAGGUAGUCCCAAAAAUAGACUGAAAUACAAUUAAACUUGGUUUCUGCGUAUAUUUAUGUACGUCUGACCCAAACCCCAA